CCUCCCCAGCAUGUCGAAGGAAAACAUCCUCGGCACACUAGUCGUGGUUCUCCUCAAAGCGCAACAUCUCAUCGACAACCACACCUUCUACAAACAGGAUCCAUAUGCAAAACUUUCUCUAGGUGGCGCUGAAAAACGCACACCAGCAGAUCCCAAGGGCGGCCAGCAUCCAGUCUGGGACCACGAAGUCCGGAUACCGAUCUCUAAGGAUGCCACGACCAAGAACAGGACACUAGAACUAUCCUGCUGGUCGGAAGAGAGGACAGGGGAUCAGCUGUUGGGCGAGGGAAAACUUGACAUCGCCAAAACGCUUCAAACGGGAGAGUUCGAUGACUGGGUCCCUCUGAGCAUCAAUGGCACUCAGCGUGGAGAGAUCUACCUCGAGAUGACCUUCUUUGCGGCUGGACCUGCUCCAUUAACUCGGAGACCGUCCAAAUUCCAUCCCAAUGAGCGGCUUGCUCGUCCAGCGCAGCCCAAGAAGGCGGGAGGCUUGCCUGCUUUCAAUGGUCCAAUAAACACCACGUCACACCCGCCUCACAAACAAACACCGCCGCUUCCAGCCCAGCCACAGCAGCCACCUCCCCAGUCACAACGUCCUCCCCAGUCACAACGUCCUCCCCAACACCAAACAUCCGCCGGUGGUCAACAUCUCGUUCCGCCAGGUCAAUCAUACAGCCCGGGUCAUUCACCACCCAAAACUGCAGACUCCGCUCUACCUCCACUCCCUCUUGCUGAUACGGGUCUGAAGCCUGUCCCUACGAUUUUACGUCCAGGUCCACGCGGUGGUAAGAGACCUGUAUCAGAAAUAUACCCCGCUCCCUCCGAUGCGUCUAUACACGGACAAUACCCAGAUCCUCGCGAUCAAGCUGCAUCUCAGCACCGUCACACAAAUAGUCGACCACAAUCUUUGAUGGCCGGUUCUGCCCUCCCCCCGACCACAUAUCAAAGCCCACUCGACAACCCCAGUUCUCGAGCCCGACCGACCUCAACAUACGAACCGCCUUAUGGAGCGCCGCCUUCCGGGCCAUCAGGACAGAUAACUCCGCCCCGUGCUGGUUAUAGCUCGCCACCACGGUCGCAGCAUACGCCUCUGCCAUACAGCCAGCCAGGUAGCGGGAAUGGGACGCCUCAGCCUGCUUAUACCCCUCCGUAUACAUCUUCGUAUCCUUCGUACCCCGGUCCGCAAACGAACGAACCUGCGCCGUACCCAGGCGGCCCGGGUCCGAAUGGUUUCUCGUUCCCAGUGCCACACAUGACAGACUACGGACAAGGGGGAUCUCCAGCCCCGCCCCCGCCCAGCGGAGGAUACGCUCCAUACCCCGGCGCACGAUCCAACGGCCCUCCCCCUACCCAAACAGACUCAGACCUUCCGGAUCCAUACCUCCAAAAGCGGUACCAGACUCCUCUACCCCUCCCGUCCACACCACCAUCCAAUUCGCAGUAUUCGCCCUACCAUUCCCAUUCCAAUUCCAAUUCAUACUCCUCUACCCCUGUCCCUCCCGCUGGAUUCGCUGUCGCCGAACCAUACCACCAGCAGGCUUCACAACCGCAGUACGGCCAACGGAUGCCUGACCCGGGGGUGAGUGCCGGUCAGAGAGCUGCGGAGGAGGCCGAGAGACAGAGGAAGGAGCAGGAAGAGCUCGAUGCGAAGCUGGCGAGGGAGUUGGAUAUGCAGUUGAACAUGAGCGAAGAACAUGAGGCGCCGACUCGAGUCGCUGUCGGAAUGCCUGGUGGCUGGUAAAGAAAGGAACAUCUAUUCAUAUGCAGUAUAGGGCCAGAAGCCCGUGUCGAAGAAGCUUAUCUAUUGAGAAUUUAUUGGGAACCACGGGCGGACGCGAUUAUCGUUCAUCGAACUGAAACUCUUCGUGUACCAGUCUCCAAUGUCUGUCAUAUACCUUGUACAUAUCUCUUGUGUCCUGUUGUCGUGUGAUAGUCGAUCGCGAUGCUUAU